AUGCGCUUUACAAUGGCCACUGUUUUGUCUUCGAAUUCGAAAUAUAUUCAGUUUUCUUCGGCCGCUGCUCGUCACAUUGGCGGCUCUGUGCACGAGUGUGCGUUUUUUUUUCUCUUUCUCACUGAAUACGCUCACAACACAUCUCCCUCUCCUCGCUAUCUAUCUAUCUAUCUAUCUAUCUAUCUAUCUAUCUAUCUUUCUAUCUAUCUGAGUCUGUUUAUCUAUCUAUCUAUCUAUCUAUCUAUCUAUCUAUCUAUCUAUCUAUCUAUCUAUCUAUCUCAUUUUAUUCAAAUCCAUCUAUCGAUCUCAAUUUAUUCAUAUCUAUCUGAGUCUGUUUAUCUAUCUAUCUAUCUAUCUAUCUAUCUAUCUCAUUUUAUUCAAAUCCAUCUACCGAUCAGUUUAUUCAUAUCUAUCUAUCUAUCUAUCUAUCUAUCUAUCUAUCUGAGUGUUUACAUUAUCUAUCUAUCUAUCUAUCUAUCUAUCUAUCUAUCUAUCUAUCUCAUUUUAUUCAAAUCCAUCUAUCGAUCUCAGUUUAUUCAUAUCUAUCUAUCUAUCUAUCUAUCUAUCUAUCUAUCUAUCUAUCUCAUUUUAUUCAAAUCCAUCUAUCGAUCUCAAUUUAUUCAUAUCCAUCUAUCGAUCUCAAUUUAUUCAUAUCUAUCUAUCUAUCUAUCUAUCUAUCUAUCUAUCUAUCUAUCUAUCCCAUUUUAUUCAAACCCAUCUAUCGAUCUCAGUUUAUUCAUAUCUAUCUAUCUAUCUAUCUAUCUAUCUAUCUAUCUAUCUAUCUAUCUAUCUAUCUAUCUGAGUCUGUUCAUUAUCUAUCUAUCUAUCUAUCUAUCUAUCUAUCUAUCUAUCUAUCUAUCUAUCUAUCUAUCUCAGUCUGUUCAUUAUCUCUCUCUCUCUCUAUCUAUCUCAAUUUAUUCAUAUCUAUAUAUCUAUCUAUAA